UUGGGGCCAAAGAUCGCAGAACGAUGGAACCCAAGCCGUCCGAGAGCGACGGCGCCAAGACGCUGGCCCGCGCAACCAAGAUGGUGCAGCUGGCAGCGAUGCGAAAGCAUGCGCUCAACCGCACGGACGUCUUUAGCCUCCUCCAGGACUGCUUCUCGCCCGAGGCGUCCAACGCGCUCAAGAUCCUCGGGUACCGCCUGAGCUACCUCGCUCCAUCGUGCAUGUCGACGGAGCUGUGGCAGUUCGUCUUGGAGAGCGCUGUGAAGGAGCUCGCGGGCGCUAGUACCCAGGGCUCGGCCCCGACGCUCGUGCAUGUGAUUCCCGUGUUUGACGUGCUGCCGACGACCACGGUACUGAGCUUUCUUCAGCAAGGCGAGGCAGAGCCUCUCAAGAAGAUCCAAGCCUGCGUCGGCCACGAGUCGCUUCUCGUUCGGCAAGUGGCCCUCGGCACGUUCAGUCGCAUGACGAUUCUCUGCACCAAAGUGCUCUUCGCGCGCGGCCUUGGCCGGUUCCCGUUCGAGUCGAACGAAGCGCGCAUCGUAGCGCAGCAAGACGUCACGUCGAUUAUCAACGACAUGUGGAAGAUGAACGUCCACGCGGCCGAGGCCGAAUGUCCCUCCGUCGCCGCUUGUGCCUUUACGAGCCUUGCGCACCUCUUUGAGCGCAGUCUUGGGAUCCAAGAGGUCACCAACUUGGACCUCGACUUGAACCCAGUCCGAGAAGAGCGCGGCGUCGACGAGCUCAUCUCGCUCGUCUACCACAUGGCCGCACCGCGCUUUGAGUUUCUUCGCGCCAACGCCGAGAAGAUGCCGCUGGAAGCCCAAUUGGACGCGAUGAAGUACCUCGCGAUGCUGUCGUACAUGAUGAUGCAGCGCAGCGGCGGCGCGACGCCCGGCCUCGCGAUUGCGCUGGUCGAAGUGGAUACUGGGAGUGGCCACGACGAUGAGAAAGCGUCGACGACCAAGAUGCGCGUCGACGUCAUGGUUGGCGAGAUGGUCGAUGCGUGGCUUCUGCCGGCGUACGGGAAAGCGUCACUUGUACAAGCCUACACCAUCGCCCAAGUCAUGUACAUCAUUAUGGCCCACCCGCUGCAAACGUUUUCGCGGCUCAAGUGGUCGUCACUGCUCGUCGCUCGCCUGGCUGCGAUGACGCAAGCCGUGUCGUCGGCGGCCAUCGUGUCGAGCGUGCAGGACCGCGAACACAUGCUGCGUCUCCAAAUCGCGCUGCUUCCAUCAACCAACACGUACGACUGCCUGCAAGCGCUGCAACCCACGAUGGCGUCCAUCGCCGGCAUCGACGCCUCCGCGCACCGGCAGCAAUUCUUUGCCGACGUCUGGCGCGCCAUUGUGCCUCGCCUGUGCCGCAACGGCCAGCUCCCGCUUCUCGAAGCUCUCUGUGCGAGCCCGCUCUUCCACGGCUGUGCUUUUUCCUCGUACAUGAAAUGCAGUCGGAGAGCUUCGGGCACCAAGAGCCAUGCGUCGAGUCCCGUGCAGCAAACCUCGUAUGAGCUCUUCAAGGCACUCGUCGAGAGUCUCUUGACGUCGCAGGACACGCUAGCAGCGCAAUGGGUCGUGCUCAAGCAGUUUGCGCCCAUCUUGUCGAGCAAAACGCCGUCGGAGCUCCGGCACGCGACGCUUUUGCUCUACACCUGCCUCCUCACGCACGCAUGCAGUCUCUCGCGUGACGCGGCGUCGGUCACCUUCCUGCACACGUUUGUUGAGCCAUUGGCGUUCAAGGGGUUGCCGUACCCGAACGUGCGCGUCCAGCUUUACUGGCUCUGCUUCAAAGUGCUGCCGCCCAAAACGACCAGCGACAUCUUUCUCUCGUGGGUCACUGCCGAGCUCGACCACAUGGAAGCCCACAAGGACGCCGAUGCGCCGCCGCCCACGGCGCUAAGCAACGACGGGCUCUUGGGCCACCCGCCGACGGGCCGACGACCGCUCGCUACGCACGAUUUAUCUCGUUUCUUUGCCCUCAUCCUCUCGUUGAAAGCCGUGUUGGCCCGAGAGCCCGCGUUCAGCCAAGAGGUGCUGCAGGUUCUCGGCCGCGUGCGUCAGCGCCAUGCCACGCAUCGCGUCAUUUGCACCAAAGUCGACCAAGCGAUUCAAGAUGUUUCGGGUCUACCGCGCAACCUCGACGCUCUUCCCGUGUGCAUUUUGCCCGAUCUGUUUCGUGCGUCGGCUUUCUUUCCCCACAUGUCGUCGACAGGCCUGCGUCGCCACCAUGUGCCGUCGUCCAGCAGCGUUGGCACCGUUGUGUCUGGGCCCAUGGAUCCGCUCUGCCUCCAAAUCUCGUUCCGCGAGCCGUCCGAAGCGCCCGAGCUUGUGGCGCUAGGCAUCACGAUCGUCAAUGCCAGCACGGUCGCAGUUUCCAACUUUAGCGUUCUCGUUGGCACCAACGGACCCGUGCGGCCCAUGGGAACGGCCGAUAGCACCCUCGUACGCGUCACGGACGAGCUCAAGCAAAGUGCAAGCAUCACGUCGGAGAAGGUGUUUCAGUUCCAACACUUUGCGCGCGCCCGGUUCACCUUUCGCGUUAUCUACGAAGGCGAGAAUCCGCUGCGCAUGGGCCUCAGCGAUGCGUACGCGAUGCCUUUGGAAGCGCUCUUGCAACGCCCGAGCUCGCGUGACGCUGCCCCCGCGGCGUUCCAGUCGCACUGGCAAUCCGCGGCUGCCAACCGCGUCUACAACGUCACAGCCCCUUGUACCUUGGCGGUGCACGACCUCCUUGACGUGCACGACAAGAUCGAGCGCAUCGAUGGGCUCGAUCUCGUGACCCCCGAGUGGGCCCAAUUUCACUUUCUCACGACGACCAAGUGGAAAGAGCAUGUCCUUCUCGUGCUCUCCGCCGCGCGAGACGACGCGUGGCGCGGAACGUGGGAGGUGCGGGGACCCCCAUUGGUUGUCGCCGAGCUUGACAAGAGCCCCAACGAGCUUUUGCGUCUACUGUCGUCCAGCGUCGAUGUCGCCGCCGUGCCCGAGAAGCGACCAAUCGCGACGAGCCCUCGCCACGGUAAAGCCAAGGACCCGCUCUCACCGACAAGCGCGGGCGGACGAGACCAAGUCCGUGACAGCACGCCGACGACGACCCGGCGCGCGCUCCUGAGCUUCUUUGGCGCCAAAGCGCAGUAAACAAAAGUACAUGCACCUUGGUCAAUGC